AUGGGGAAACCUGUUAAACUAGGCGCCUGUGAAGCUAUCUUCAACAUGAAGACAAACACUGUGCUCUUUGUCGUCACCGUUCGUCUUCUCUUUCUUUCCAACUGGACGUACGGAGACGUACACCUGUCGGCCAAGAUCGCAGAGAAUGCCGACAUUGGACAGCAAGUUGUCCACGUUCUACCAACCUCUCCGGGAGCCAAGGAGGAAGUUCCGUGUGAUAUCACAGACGGAAACAUCCACGGGCGCUUCAGUGUGACUCACGUCUGUGUGGUUGUAGUAGCCCGUCCUUUAGACUUUAGUAUAUACCGAAGGUAUAACCUGACUGUAAACGUACCUGGGACAACCGAGACCCGUUUUGUCGACAUACAAGUUGAGGACGUGGACGGAUAUCCUCCUAUCUACAACGACACCUGCGAAAUCGCUUCGUAUGCGAACUUCCACAAGGUCAAGAAGGACGAGUUCCUGUGUCCAUCAGCAAAAGAAGGUACGUGGCACUCAAGAAGACCAAAUCAGGAUCGAAAGCAUCCAGUCCGAACACAACGGUACCUACACCUGUCUUGUUAUUACCGAAGACAAAACGGAAGUUCACGCGCGUUACGAGCUACAGGCAACUGCCCUCCCGGCAAAAGAGGUGAAUUGUGUGAAGAGGACUGCAACUGUCUCAAUGGUGCCAGCUGUGACCGGUGGGCCGGCUGUGUCUGUCCGCCGGGAUGGACAGGAAAACUUUGUGAGACCAAAUGCCCAGACGGUACCUACGGACGGAGCUGCAAGGGCGAGUGCGAAUGUCAGAAUGGUGCCUUCUGCGAUCCUACCGACGGUCAGUGUAACUGCACAGAGGGGUGGUAUGGUAUACAUUGUACCCGUCCAUGUUUAAGUGGUCGGUACGGGUGGAGAUGUCGGCAGGCCUGUGACUGUAAGAACAACGCCACAUGCCAUCACGUAGAUGGGAGCUGCACAUGCACGCCGCCCUGGACUGGACGGCAAUGUGACGUUAUCCAAACGGAACCUUCUCUGCUGCCACUACAGAUCUCUAUACCCCUUUCAUUGACGCUGCUUGGUGUCUUGGCAGCAUUAGUGGCGCUUUACAAAUGGAGGGCGGUAACACGGAUGAAACAACACGAAGACCAAGAGGAGACGCAGGUGUUACUCGAACUUAAAAGUAUGGAAGAAAACCUCGCACAGAGUCUACAGCCCGGCUGGCUCAAACGGUGGGAGAGGAAGGCAAAGGAUCUGACUCUGGGCGAUCUGAUUGGUCAGGGCGCAUUUUCGUUCAUCCGGGAAGGGCGUUUACGCACCGCUAACGCUGACGUCACAGUUGUGGCGGUCAAGUCCGCCCGUUCGAAGGACAGACUGUGCUAUCGAGCUUUCUAUCGUGAAGCAGCAAUGCUGGUUGCUUUGGACGAAAACUGCGAAGAACACAACCCUGAUGGGCAUCCCAACAUUAUCAAGCUGUUUGGUGUCAUCACCAGGUCUAGGCCAAGGUGUAUUCUCUUGGAAUAUGCUGCCAAAGGUGAUCUCCUUCAACUUUUGAAACAGCAGACUAAAAAUAACGUUGCUUGUCUAGUGGGCAGCUUUCUCCGCUACGCAGUCCACAUAUCACGUGCCCUGAAGGAGCUCCGACGUCUGCGCAUCGCUCACGGUGACGUGGCCGCUCGAAACGUCCUCAUCAGUGGAGACGACGUCACCAAGCUGUCAGACUUCGGUCUGGCCCAUGAUGUGUACACCACAACCACGUACAUCUCCUCAGGCAAGAACGACGCGGAGGAACUCCUCCCUCUGAAGUGGAUGGCUCUGGAGUCGCUGGAGACUCGCCAGUUCACGUGCGAGAGCAACACGUGGUCGUUCGGCGUGCUGAUAUGGGAGAUCGCCGCGUUCGGGGAGGAACCCGGCUAUCAGAACGAGAUCCGACUGAGUUGUCCCAGGUUGGUCGGGAUCCUGAGACAGGGAUAUCGUCUGCAGAAACCACCCGGAUGUCCGGACAGACUGUAUGACGUCAUGAAGUCGUGUUGGCAGGAGGACCCGUCAGCCAGACCAGAGCCGGUAGAACUUGAGCAGAAGCUGACAGACUGUCGUGAAGAAAUAGAUCCACUGUUUGUCGUCGAGAAGGAGUCCGCAGUUUAGAAAAGUCCAGUUUCCUGGUAAAUAUUAAUUUGUGCAUUCGUCUCCAAAGUUAGCAUGACUUUAAACUCAUGUUGAAUUAAAUGUAAGCUAUAUCUAAACUGUAUGCCUAGUUAUUCCGGUAAUAGAUAAUAACAAG